UAAUUGUUAAUUUAAUUUUGGCUUCAAUACUGAUUCAAUUUUAUUUUCAUCAUAUAUUUAUUGAUCUACGAAUUGUUUGGUUCCAAAAAAAAAAUCAUUUGUCUUUUGUCUAUUUGUGUGUGUGUGUGUGUGUAUGUUUGUUGUGCUCAAACCAUAUUGAUUUGAUAAAUUGAUUGAUUGGAAUGUCAUUGGAAUUUCGUUAUUCACCAAUAAUAAUGAUGAUCAUUAUAAUUCAAAUAAUAAUGAUAAUGCUUACCAUAACUAUACCAUCAUCGUCAGCUAAUUUAAAUAGUCGUCGUACAAAUGGACAGUUAGGCGGUCGAUGUACCAUUCAAGAACGUGAAGAAUUCGAUCGCUGUCAACCGGAUGCCCGUUAUGAUUGGGAUAUACAGGAAACAGAUUAUUUUACCGAUACACGAAAAUUCUGCUGUUUUGUAUGGGAUACAUUAAAUUGUGAAGUGGACAUUGCCGAACGUUGUGAUUCAAAUUAUGCUGCGCAAUUAUCAUAUGAAACCGAACAGGCAUAUGGUGCAAUGUGUGAAUAUUAUUAUCGUCAUUCACCGCUAUGUUUUUUCCGUUGGUGGUCAGCAUUACUGGUAGUGGUCGCAUUGAUUUCCAUUAUAGUAUUAAUUGUAUUCAUCAUAUAUCGAAAAAAACAAUCGAAAUUUUCUCGUGAAUAUACUACCGAAAGAAAUUAUUAUUAGAAAACCGAACAAACAUUAUAUAAUCAUUUAUUGGAUUGUAUUUGAAAUCAAUUUUAGUAACAAAACAAAAACGAAUUACAUUGUAAAUAAA